UUUUCAGUUUCAAUCCACUCGUUCCGUACUGAAGACGCACCAUUAUGUCGAACCGCGCGGUAGCCACGUUUGAAAAACCACUGCAACAUCUGAGCCUUCCGGAUUGGCAUUCCCGGUUGAAUCAGCUGAAAAAUGUCGCCUACGGCAAGCGCUCGGAUGCGUUCGAGCUGCGGCACUUGGCGAGAAAUUUGCGGAACGAAACCAGGAUCCAAACCUACUGGGAUACGUAUCAUAACAAUGAUAAGCUUUCGGAUCGGGUAGCGGAACUGGAUCGAUGGAGGGAGACGAUGCGGAUUCUGCUGAAACGGGUCAACGAUGAGAUUGGCUCGCUUAAGGAGGAGAAGGCUUGCACCGAGAGGGAUCUGGAUGCUCUGAUGAUGCCGCUGACGGUGGUGACGGAGAGUAUUAGCAUGAGGGAUUGCCGGCUGGGAUCGGAGUUGACCUAUGACGAAGGGGAUACGGAGUUGAAAAAUGAGCUGUGCAUCGUGGAGAAUAAUCAGCGCUUGUUGAGAGAUCAGAACCAGGGCGCUUGGGAACAAUUGAAUCGACUGCAGGAGGUCAAGUUCAAGUUGGAACUGGACUUGACGGACAAGGAUGAGGCACAGGAAAUUGACCAGCAUCAGCUGGAAGUGGAUAAGCAUUGCGCUAAUGUGACGUUUAAGACGGAUUCGACGAGGGUUCCGAAGAACUCAUGCACUUACAGCAACUGGUUGGAGUACUGCGAGGAACUGGUCUCGUUGACCGAGAAAACGCUAUCCGACUCGGCUGCCGUCCGGGAAUCGCUUUUUGCGACUCGUGAAAAAGCUAGAAAUAUUUUGAAGAGCCAACAGGAUCGUACUGCUCAUACGUUGAGAAAGCGAAUUUUUGAAACUCAGCGUGCUCGCAAUGAACUGGAGUACCAACAGGGAAAGAUGAAGGAAGAGAUGGAAAAAUGUGCUUCGGAGAUCGAGACAUUGGAGCGAGCCUACAACGAUAAAAUUGAAGCGUUGAAAGUGGUCGAAACACGCCUGGAGAACCGUGCCCAGCGUUCCGGAAUGGAGCUCUGCAUCGAUGAGUCCUAUCACGGGCUGUGUGACGAGGUCCACAAACUCCGUGAUACCACCAAGAUUCUUCGCGAGAAGAUCAACGCAGCCAAAACGUUGUACAACAGUUUGCACGAGCUGGCCAAAAAGGUCGAUCAAGAUCUGGAAAACAAGCAACAUUCUCUCAUGACGGAUAUCCGCUCGCUGGACCUUCGUGCACGGCUCAACACCGGAGAAUUUGGUGGGAAACCUACACAAACCGAUCGUAACAUUCAUCUGUCCCGCUUGGAGGACGAAAUUCCCAAAUCGUAAAUCAACUGCACCUGAUCGAUCGAUUAUCAUCGGGUCAAUGCAUUUCAUCGCGUGCUCCAAUUUCACCAACACUUUUUUUUUGCCAUUCGCACCUUUCCAUGAUUGCAUGUCCAAACAACGAAACAGGUUCAUACGUGCUGAAUUUUUGCAUGCAAAACGCCACUCGGCUCUUUCCCAAACUGACACUUGCACUCAUUGGCCACUGAUUUGCAGGGCCCCGAUAUGUUGGAUCACCAAACAAGUAGGUCUACCAGCAACCCGAAAACCACUGACUUUUAUUGAUUUUAGCAGCAUAACAUAAAUUUUCAAUCACCUCAGUGCACUUUGGACGAAAAUCCACUCAACGUGUGAAUUUGAAAUAAAUUGCUAGUUUUCCAUCAGAA